AUGCGCACCAUCAUCUUUCAAUCCGACGUACGCGCCUCCGACCCUGUCGGAGGAUGUUACAGAAUAAUACGGAGUUUGGAGCGACAAAUAAAUGUAGCAAAAGCUGAGCUCGAAAUUGUCCUCUACCACCUCGCCCUAUGUCGAGCACAGGCCGCAGCUGCCCAACAACAAGCAGCAUUGCGAGCCGUGGACGACACGGAUUCGACGCUGAAUUGUGAUGUGAUUAAUGGGGACCCUUUGGGAUCUUAUGAUGAAUCAAAUAAUAUUUAUCAUCACAAUCUUCAUGUUCAACCCCCACAGCAGCUGGGGCAUGAUCAGUAUAUUGAUCAAGAACAGAUUGCACUGCAAGAGAUUAAUGCAUGGGGGAUCAAUGCACAGGAAUCUACUUCUUCAUCUUUCCCUAUCAAUCAUCGGACGGUUGUAGAUGAAUGUGAUGAAAUCAGACCGAUUCUUGAUUUACAUGAUGAGAGAGAGGAGUUCAAAUUUGAUCCAGCAGAUGAAAAUGAGAAAGAAGAGUAUUCAGAAAGGGCAAAAGGCCACAUUCAAGGAAGAGGAUGGCUGCUUCUACCCAUCCGAUCAAGAUCAGGAUCUUUGAGGGAACAGGCUGGAAGAUCAUAG